AAGGUUACCUCAGUGAGUCAGAAGUUUAGUUUAGGAUAAAAACGAAACGAUGCACAUAUAAGGACGAGUCAAACUGCUGCGUACCUGCUCUUUGCCUGAGUGACAGCAGCAUGCAAAAGCAACCUAAAGUUGAGAUGGCUGAGAGGAAGAGGAAGCGUCCUCCCCACACAGGGCCUCGCAGCUCCUCCCCUGUGACGUCUGACAAGUCAUCUGAUCAGAAGAUCAGCCCCGGCACAGAGCAACCAAUCAGUUCACAGAUGAGAGCGGGUGGGUCCACGAGUCCCAGCAUUCUCUCCAUGAAGAGUGAUGGAUCCAUGUUCAUGCCAAUGAACUUUCGCAACGAGAACCCAGAACGUUCACAGAUGAGAGCGGAUGGAUCCAUGAGUCCCAGCAUUCUUUCCAUGAAGAGUGAUGGAUCCAUGUUCAUGCCAAUGAACUUUGGCAACAAGAACCCUGAACGCUCAGACUGGGACCAGUCUGAUUCACCAGCAGCCGAGCCCUGCCAGAAGAAACCCAGACAAGAUCCUGAAUAUCAGAGAGAUGACACUGGGGACACACCUCUUUUGGAAGCAAAGAAGAAACUAAAAGAAGCAAUGAAAAAGAAAUGUACUUCGAUAUCUGAAGGUAAUGGUGACCAACAGAGUUCGCUGAACAAAAUCUACACAGAACUCUACAUCACCACUGGGGAGAGUGAAGGGCCACAAGCAGAGCAUGAGUUCGGACACCUCGAACGUAAAGAAACAGAAGCAUCUCCUGAAGGUACAGUCAGCCUCAGCGACAUCUUCAAACCUUUGCCUGGCAAAGAGAAACUCCACAGAACAGUUCUGACGAAGGGAAGUGCAGGCAUUGGAAAAUCAUUUUCUGUGCAGAAAUUGAUUCUUGACUGGGCCGAGGAGAAAGAAAACCAGGACAUUGAUUUUGUUUUCUAUCUUGCUUUCAAAGAGAUGAAUUUGAGCACAGAUACAAAAAGCUUGGACAAGCUGCUGACUGAAUUCCACCCUGCACUCAAAAGUUUGAACGGUUCAACUGAUUAUGUUAAAACCAAUGUUUUAGUGAUCCUGGACGGCCUGGAUGAAAGCAGACUUCAACUGGACUUUGAGAACAAUAAGACUGUAACGUCUGUCAGUGAAGUUACAUCUCUGAGUAACCUCCUAUCAAACCUGAUCCAGGGUAACCUUCUUCCUAAUGCAAAACUCUGGAUAACUUCCCGUAAAGUAGCAGCCAAUCAGAUCCCUGCAAAGUAUGUCGACAUGGUGACAGAGAUAGGAGGUUUCAAUGAGUCACAAAAAGAGGAAUACUUCAGGAAGAGAUUUAGUGAUGACUUGACUCUUGCUGACAGAAUCAUUUCACAUAUCCAGUCUUCAGUGAGUCUCGACAUCAUGUGCCAGAUCCCGAUCUUCUGCUGGAUUUCUUCUGUGUUAUUCCAGGAUGUUUUCAGUGGAGAUGGCAAAGCUGAAACUCCUCAAACUCUGACAGAGAUGAUGGCACAUUUCCUUUUUGUUCAGACAAAACGUAGAAGCAGAAAAUAUGACCAGAAGAAGACUAAGAAAAAAGAAGAGAAUCUUCUGAAGACACACAGAGAAUUUCUCCUGAAACUCGGCAAACUGGCAUUUGUUCAUCUACAGAAGAACAACCUCAUCUUCUAUGAGGAAGACCUGGAAAACUGUGGCAUCGAUAUUAACGAAGCAUCUAUCCACUCUGGAUUUUGCACCACA